GGGGGCGUGAACUGUCUCCUAGGUGAUGCUGCCACACACACACACACACACACACUGCAAAGACAACCCACAGAAGCGAGCGACAGACAGAGAGAGAGAGAGAGAGGGAAGAGGAGGCAGGCCAGGCUGUUUUUGCAUCCUCUAGAUGUGGAUUGUACCUUGUUUUCACCAUGGCACCAUCACGGCACCGGUAGCAGGGGCUGCUGGGAGAUCAGAUGCGCGGCUUCAAACAUCAUCUCUCUGAGAUGGCCGUGCACGCGUGCAGCUGGAGGCAGAAAUGCAUCGGGCUCUCUCAGGCGAACGGCAGCCUGCAGUGGGAGGCUGACUGAGAGCGCGCGCGCGCGUGCGUGCGUUCACACAGCCCCACAAAGCCUCUUCCCAGCUGGAGAGGCUGCUAAAUUCAUCACCGCACAACGGCAAGGUCUCUGCUGUAGUAUCUGACAAUGUUUCGCAAAAAGAAGAAGAAGAGGCCAGAGAUUUCAGCACCGAAGAACUUCGAGCAUCGUGUUCAUACGUCUUUUGAUGCCAAGCGAGGGGUCUUCGUCGGCCUUCCGACACAAUGGCAGAGUUUAAUCGAAAACCUCCGGAGACCCAAACCAAUGGUGGACCCUUCCAGGAUAACACCGGUGGAGCUCAAACCAAAGAAGACCAUCGUGCGAGGCAGUAUGAUCGGCCACGGAGACUACAUCUCAGCCAUGCUGUCCGACAUGAGCCGGCUGUCCGUCACCAGCUCCAACUCCCUGCGCAAGAGCAGCCCGUCGGCACGCAAGAGAGCGCAGUCGCUCGGCCGCCUGGGGGAAGUGAACGAGGCUGACGCCUAUCAGUAUGAAGGACUGGAUGAAGCCGAACCGCACUGGGGCGACAGGUCACGAAACAUUCACAGUGAGAGCGGCACUCCGUACAUGGGCCUGAAGAAGAGCAUUACACUCCAGCCCAACGGCGUCCUGCCCAGGGCCAAAUCCACCUAUGAGGUCAGCAUGAGCUCUCUGGAGGGACCUCCACCCCCUCCGGCCCUUCCGGCCCCUCCGCCGCCCCCCAUCCCCGUCCCAGAGCCGCCCAGAUCCAUGUAUCUGGGUGGAGAUGUGGGGAGCCCCACCGAGAGGCUCAUGAUGAGACGAGAGUUUCCCAUCGUGUUCGCACACAACCAGAGGCCCAUCACCUGUUUCUACAGCCCCACGAUGCCCAUGCAGCAUCCGCAAGGAGACAGUCUCACUCCGGACAUGAGGACGGCCAACAGACUGCUGGUCCACCCGCAAAACAGCCCAGGGAGACCAUUCUCCUCAUAUGACCUGAAGGCCGACGCAGCCAUGAGACACCAGCCAGGAUAUUUGCACAGUGGCACCAGCAGUCCACUCAUGAGCGGCACCAGGCCACACAAAACCGUCCGUUCAUCCUCCAGCUACACGAUCGGACUCUCACCCAACAUUAGUUAUCGGCCCACCGGUCCAGACCCCUUUAUGAGACACUCGGGCUGCCCGAACCCAGGACUCUACCCUAGACAGGACAGUCCGUCCCAGCCACGGCCGUCCCCCACCGGCUCUCUGGCCAACAGCCCUCCGGGAACCUGCUCGCCUGCAUUCAGACCCCCGCUGCAUCCCUCGCCGCGCCCACCGCCUGACCCCCCGAAAGUCACCCACGAGCAGUUCAAGGCUGCCCUGCAGAUGGUGGUGGAUAAAGGAGACCCACGCUCAUAUCUGGAGAACUUCGUGAAGAUCGGAGAGGGAUCCACGGGUGUGGUGUGCAUCGCCCGCGAGAAACACAGCGGACGUGUGGUGGCCGUCAAGAUGAUGGACCUCAGGAGACAACAGCGCAGAGAACUGCUCUUCAACGAGGUGGUGAUUAUGAGAGAUUACCAGCACAGGAACGUGGUGGAGAUGUUCAAGAGCGCUCUGGUGGAGGAGGAACUCUGGGUAAUCAUGGAGUAUCUGCAGGGAGGAGCUUUAACAAACAUCGUGUCUGAAACCAGGCUGAGCGAGGAGCAGAUCGCCACGGUGUGUGAGGCCGUGCUGCAGGCGCUCGCGUAUCUCCACUCACAAGGUGUCAUCCACAGAGACAUCAAGAGCGACUCCAUCCUGCUCUCGCUGGACGGCCGCAUCAAGCUGUCAGACUUUGGAUUUUGCGCUCAGAUCAGUAAAGAUAUCCCUAAGAGGAAGUCUUUGGUGGGCACUCCGUACUGGAUGGCUCCUGAGGUCAUCUCUAAGUCACCAUAUGGAACUGAGGUGGAUGUUUGGUCUCUGGGCAUCAUGGUGGUGGAGAUGGUGGAUGGAGAACCUCCGUAUUUCAGUGAAACUCCUGUGGCUGCGAUGAAGCGGCUGAGAGACGAGCCGGCGCCCACCGUACGCAACGUUCAUCAGGUGUCCCCGGUGCUGAAGGACUUUCUGGACCGCAUGCUGACGCGAGACCCGCUGGAGCGAGCGAGCGCCACCGACCUCCUGGAGCAUCCCUUCCUCCUGCAGGCCAGCUCUCCGCAGUGCCUGGUGCCCCUAGUGGAGCAGUACCGCAAGCGCAUGUCCCGCUGCUGAAGUCCCCGCCGUCCACCCGUCGCCUACGGAGUGAAAAAGAACCAGAAAAGCAGCGGCUUUUCCGGCCUGCCAGAGUGGAAAGCACCCAGAGCGACCAGGACUGAGAGGGCUGUUUUACGAGAUAUGAACUCACACAGCCAUUUUCUUCCACCCGAGGACGUCUGAUUGGUGCUUAAAAGGCAGUGAAUUAGAGCAGAAGUGCGUCUGACUGAAAACGCCACUGGGUUUUAUUGUGUUCUGUUUGAAGCUGCUCAUUUUCAGUGUUAUCUGCGGCCACAGAAACCUGGAACUACUGAAUUUGUACACAUCCAUCACGCUUGUGUUCAUUUAUCAGAUAUUUUGGCUAAAUUUAUCAUGUUUCAAUAUAAUGAUUUUGAUCUCGCUGUUGGUUUUUACAGCUGUGUUAAACAGUUUUAACACUUUACAAUAAGGUCCCGUUUGUUAGCAUUAGUUAACUAACACUGGAAAAAUUUAUUAAUGUUAAUUUCAACAUUUACUAGUACAUUAUUAAAGUCAAAAGUUGUAUCUGUUGAUAUAGUUUUAAUGGACCUGAACUAACAUGAACUAACAGUUGUGUUUUUAUUAACUAAUGUUAACAAACGUGUUGCUCAGUGUUAUUUAAUGCUAUUUAAUGCAUUAACCAACAUUAACUAAUUGAAUCAUAUUCUAAAGUGUUACUUUAUUAUCUACAAUCUGGAAUUAUAUAGAAUUCAAUUGAUGUGCGUCACAAGUUUUAUGUAUACUGGCUAAAUUUCAAAAGCUUCAAAUGAGGCUCAUCCAAUCAGAUUUUAAUGUUUUGUUACUUGAGUUGAAACCUAAACCUUUUUUGGGUUGAUUUUCCAGCACCAUGAUUUUGGUCAUAUCACCAACAUUUACUUUCAACAACUAACCGUUUAACACAUUUUACCAUUUUUAAACUGCAAUAUUUACCCAAAAUCAGCACAGAAAAUGUGAAAGUCCGGGCCUGCUGAAACUGAGAUCUUACGCCACUGUAGGCAUAUAUUUCACCUGCGUUUUAAAGCUUGUGUAAGACUGGCUUGCAUGGCUAAACAGUGGCACACGCUUGAAUCUUAAUCUGAGGAACGAACACGUUUUUUCAGAAAAGGCGGUGAAAUGAUGUCAUUUGUUGUCAGCACUGAGGGGUGCAAAAUGUUUUUAUGAGCCAUUGUAACCAAUUGUAUAUAUUUUAAUGACCUAUUUAUUAUUUUUUGUCAAUGGAUCGAUAAGCACCUGCUUUUGGAAAGGGUGCUGUGAAUGGUUUGUAAACCGUGUAAAUAUUGCAUCUGAGCUUGAGAUUCUUCAACGGCUGAUUUUACUGUAAAGGCGUCAGAAGAACAAAUAAUGUACAUAAUCAGAGUGGGAAACAACCCGUGUUUGCAUUUGUUCGCAUUAUUUAAUGAUGAGAGAGGAAAGGAAAAGUUUGUUGGUGUGCGUGUGUGUGUGUGCGUUUACAUUUUGGAUGCAGCGUUCAUUGUGAUAUUUUUGCAUCCUACCUGUUGUACUGUGAUAUUUCCUAAAUUAUCAUACUGACAGAUUAAAAGUGAGUCAGAGAGA